UCUUUAACUUUAACUGUUACAAAUGUCGACAUGUCUUCAAAAUCAGACCAACUCCUGAUCGUUGUUUCCAUCCUAGAAGGUCGUCACUUCCCAAAGACUCCUCGGCUGAGUCUGGUGGUGCAGGCGAGCUUCGAUGGCGAGCAGCUGGCCACGGACCCGGUGGAGCACAGAGAUCAGCCUCAGUUCAGCACGGAGCUGGCCUGGGAGCUCGACCGCAGGACUCUGCACCAACACAGGCUGCAGAGGACUCCCAUCAAGCUGCAGUGCUUCGCUGUCGACUCCGUCAGCAACAGGAAGGAGAACGUCGGCUACAUCGUCCUCGACCUGAGAUCAGUACAAGAGGUCAGACAGCUGAUCCCCAGCACCACAAAGCUGUCAGCGGAGGGCUCAGAGUUCUUCUUCUACUACUGUUUACUGGGUAACGACAUCACCAGCGAGCCUUUCCACAACCUGCUGAGCCCCGACUUCGAGCCGGAGCGCGCCUCCGUACGCAUCCGCAGCAGCAAACAGAUCCUCAACGCCUUCCUGUCCCAGCUGCACGGCUUAGAGAUCCACCUCUGCUGUGGGAAUCACUCUCUUGGAAGCGCCGCCGUCUCUCUGUCGUCUCUGUCGACCGUUUCCGUGGAUCUGGACCACAAGGCAGCGACGGUGGAAGGAGCGUUCAUCCUCCAGCCGCCUAAACGCAUCAAACGGACUCAGCCGGCUCUGCCAGCUGAUCUGCAGCCGACCGUCGGAGUCGCUGUGACUCUCAGGAGGGAAGAAGUCGCUCCGCAGUCUUUAGGGAAGAAAGGAGGAGGUGCAGCUCAGACUCUCUCCGUCCCUCCUCCUCCUCCUCCGUCCAGACCUCGCAGCUCCUCUCCAGUCCGUAAACCUCGCGCCUCCUCCUCUCCUCCUCCUCCUCCUGCUGCUGCUGCUGCCUCCUCUCACACAGAGAGCGAGGCGGAGAGUCUGCUGGAGGAGCUCCAACGCGCCAAAGAGCCGGCAGCACUGGAAGCUGCAGAUUUGGAGCUUCCUGUUCAUACUCGGACUGAAGCAGCAGCAGCAGAAGGAGCAGCCGAGGGAGGAGCUUCGUCCGUCAGUGUCUCUGCUCCCAAAGUGUCCAUCCCCUCCUCUGCUCAUCACUACUGCUUCUCUCUGGACCUGCAACGCCUCGGGAAGCUCAGCACGACUCAUCCCAUCGCUGCUACGCUCAGGUAUUCGUACCAGUUUUUCGGCAGUGCUGCUCCCAUCAUGACGAACCCUCCUGUGGAGCUGCAGAGGAACAGCGAAGUGUCUCUGCCUCAGUCUUACUGCGCCUUCGACUUCGCUGCUCUGCCUCAACAACUAGAAGAGACUUUCCUCAGAGUCCCUCUGGUGGUGGAGCUCUGGCACAGAGACUCCAGCUCGGACCAGCUGAUUGGUCGAGCGUCCGUCCAGCUGUCUCACCUGCUGAGCUCAGAGAGGAGUCGACUGCAGGGAUCCACAGGAGAGCCGAGCUGGAGACAAACUCACCACGACCGAAUCCCUGUGGUCCGAAAACACCGUCCCAGUGAGAAAGUAGCAGAGUUGAGCUACGUUGCUACUCUAGAAGACCUGGGAUUGGUUAAAGCCAGAGAGGUGAUCGUGUCAGACUCCACACAGAGCGAACCUGCAGCACUCGGACCAUCGUCUCCUCCUCCUCCCAGCCGGCCCCCCGCCCCUCCCCCGGGUCCCUCGGCCCCGACGGCCCCCAGAGACACUCUGGAGUACCGAACGGCUCUGGAGCUGGAGCUGUGGAAGGAGGAGCAGGAGGAUCUGUUCGAUGAUCAGCUGAAGAAGAAGGAGUUGAUCCACAUGCAGGCUCUGGCAGAGGAGUGGAAGAAGAGAGACAGAGAGAGAGAAGCUCUGGUGAAGAAGAAGGAAGUGGAGUAUAACCUGCUGGAGGAGCAGCUUCAGAAGACUCUGUGUGAUCUGGAGAAGAGAGAGAAACAGCUGGCUGAGGCCGAGCUAGAGACUCAGCGGCUGCAGCGGGAGCUCCGGUCCGAACACGAUCUGACCCAGAAGGAGCUGCAGGAGGGCAGCAGGAGGCUGCAGCAGGAGUUCGACCACCGGGUGGCGCUAGAGAGAGACAAAGCUCGACUGAUGGAGGAGGAGCGAGCCAGGCUGCUGCAGCAGAUCACAGACGGAGAGUCUCGCUACAAACAGCUGGAGAAAGAGUUUAACGUCUACAGAGAACAACAAAACAUCCGGCCGGAGUUCAGACUGCAGUCAGAGGUCAACCUGCUCACUCUGGAGAAGGUGGAGCUGGAGAGGAAGUUGGAGUCCACCACUAAAUCCAAGCUGCACUACAAGCAGCAGUGGGGGCGCGCCUUAAAAGAGCUGGCCAGGUUCAAACAGAAAAAGCAGGAAGAAGAAAUAGCUAACUUGAAAAGAGAAUAUGAAGAAGAAAUGCAAAUGAAGAUGAAAAAAAUUGAACAAGAAAGAGCAGAGAAAGACAAAGCACUCAAAACAGAGAAGAACUACGAAAGGAACAAGAGGCUUGGGAAAAGAAACAAAAAGAAAUGUGGGAGAAACGAAAUCAAGAAGAUCAACGGAGAAAAGAGGAAGAGCAAACACGACUUAACAAGCUAG